ACAAGAACACCUCAAUCUAGUUGAUAGUAAACGAUCUCUUUUUUUUAAUUCUCUCGUCUCAGAUAUUUUAAUUUUUCUCGUUCUCAGUCAAAUUUUAUUUCCAGUUUACAUACAAAACGACAAGUCAUCUUGACUGCAAUAAUUUAAUUAAUCUACCCCACCCUUACCUGGAGUAGCAGUAAGAUAAACAUAGUGGAAUUUGAAUUGCCUAGGCAUGGAGGACAUAGAAAAUGGUAAUGAUAAUGGUAACAACGGCGUUCACCAAGAAGUGAGAGAGCCACUCUUAGGGAAGAAUCUAGCAGAUGAGGAUAAUGGAUCUAGAGGACAGAAUAGCAGCAAAGAGAGAGUCUGGAUGGUUUACCUCAGCACUUUCGUUGCCGUGUGUGGUUCUUUUGAAUUUGGAUGCUGUGCAGGAUAUUCCUCACCUACUCAAGAUGCUAUAACAGAUGAUCUCUCCCUGUCUCUAGCAGAGUAUUCAAUGUUUGGUUCCAUAUUGACAUUUGGUGCAAUGAUUGGUGCAAUCACAAGUGGGCCAAUUGCUGAUUUUAUUGGUCGGAAAGGGGCAAUGAGAGUGUCUUCAGCCUUCUGUGUUGCAGGCUGGCUUUCCAUUUACUUUGCUAAGGGGGCUCUGGCUUUGGACAUUGGAAGACUGGCAACAGGAUAUGGGAUGGGAGUCUUUUCUUAUGUGGUACCUGUCUUCAUAGCUGAAAUUGCACCCAAAAAUCUUCGUGGAGCUUUAACAACUCUAAAUCAGCUUAUGAUAUGCAGUGGAGUGUCCGUUUUCUACAUAAUAGGGACAGUACUAACAUGGCGGGCUCUGGCUUUAACCGGACUUGUCCCCUGUGCUAUUUUGCUUUUUGGCCUAUUUCUUAUUCCAGAAUCCCCCAGAUGGCUGGCAAAGAUGGGACGAGAAAAGCAGUUUGAGACUGCACUAAAGACACUUCGCGGCAAGGAUGCAGAUAUAUCUAAUGAGGCAGCUGAAAUUAAGGAUUAUAUAGAAACUCUUGAAAGGCUCCCAAAAGCCAAACUGCUGGAUUUGUUUCAAAGAAGAUACCUGCGCUCUGUUAUUAUAGGAGUUGGAUUGAUGGUCUUUCAGCAAUUUGGAGGAAUCAACGGAGUCUGCUUUUAUGUCAGCAACAUUUUUGAGUCAGCAGGAUUUUCUGCCGCUAUUGGGACCAUAACCUAUGCCAUUAUUCAGGUUGUGGUUACUGCCCUUAACACAACUGUGAUAGACAAGGGUGGAAGAAAGCCUCUCUUAUUGAUUUCUGCAUCAGGACUGGUCAUUGCCUGCAUAGUAACUGGGAUUUCAUUCUAUCUGAAGGCUAAUGAAUUGGCACUCCAGUCUGUACCUAUACUAGCUGUUACUGGCAUACUGCUAUAUAUAGGAUCAUUUUCUGCUGGAAUGGGUGCAGUUCCUUGGGUUGUAAUGUCAGAGAUAUUUCCCAUAAAUAUUAAAGGGGUAGCUGGAAGCCUAGCAACACUGGUGAACUGGUUUGGUGCAUGGACAAUUUCCUACACUUACAACUUUCUUAUGAGCUGGAGCUCCUAUGGUACCUUUAUUCUUUAUGCUGCAAUCAACGCCCUAGGUAUUUUGUUCGUGGCCAAGGUGGUACCAGAAACCAAAGGGCGAACCCUGGAACAAAUUCAAGCAGCCAUUAAUGCAUAGAGAGACAGAAAUGAAGCAAAGAUCAUCAUAUCUUGGAAAUAAAUGCUAUUACAUAACUAUGACCCCAGCAAAAUGGGAUCUGGGAAGGAAUUGCUGGAGAUGACCUUGCCAUCAUUUAUCUGUAAAUGGGCACUUAAAAAUUACAGAAAAUUAUUCCUCUUGGGAAGUGUAUUUAAUGAUGUUCAUAAAAAAAUUUGCACUCAAA